CAAGCCACACUGAUCCACUCCUUCAAUCCUCGUCUUUUCAUCUUCCCCUUCUCUUCUUAAUUCUUGUCAUACAUACUAAGAAAAAGGAAAGACCAAAACAAAAAGAAAAAUGGAGAGGAAGAGCAUAAGAAUGUCUUCUUUGCUGUUGUGGAGUUUGGUCGCUGCUUUGGUCUCUCAGAACUUGUUGAUCCCUGUCAUGUCCGCUAGCUUUGAGGAUCAGAAGAACUACUACACUCCUGAUCCACACGUAGGAACUCCACCCUCAGGAGGGUCAACACCAAAGACUCCAUCUCCUUCUCAUUCCAGACCAUCCCAUGGAAGCAGCGGGGGAAGCUAUGGCCCCACACCAUCAACACCUAAAGCCUGCCCAACCCCAUCAACACCAUCAUCAAAAACUCCUCCUUCCGGUCACAACGGCGGAUACUAUCCUUCCCCUACUCCGAGCACUCCAUCCACUCCCACAACUCCCACAACUCCUUACACUCCCACACCUACCACUCCUGACACUCCCACUCCUACCAUUCCUUACACUCCCACACCUUCCACUCCUACUCCUACCACUCCUCCAUACGUUCCUGAUCCCAACUCCCCUCCCUUCACCUGCACUUACUGGAGGAACCACCCACAACUGAUCUUUGGUGUGCUGGGCUGGUGGGGAACACUCGGCAAUGCUUUCGGAGUUCCAACCGUGCCGGGGCUUGGCUCCAAUAUCAGCCUCAAGGAUGCCCUCUCCAACACCCGCACCGACGGCUACGGCGAGCUCUGCAGGCAAGCAACCGCGUCUCUUCUCAACUCCAUGAUUGACAACAGGUUCGCUUUCACCACCAAGCAAGUCAGGGAGAACUUCAUCGCCGCCCUCGGCUCCAACAAGGCCGCCGCACACCAGGCCAGCCUCUUCAAGCUCGCCAACCAGGGCAACCAUCGUUGAAUAUCUCUAUCUAAAUAUAAUAUAAGCAGGGCAAAAAAAAAUCUAUUUUAUUUUUCAGUUGGUUCGUGAGUGCAAAAUACUGUGUGUUAUAAUUAUUGUUGUUAUUAUGUCCAGGACUACUCAAGCAGUGUGUUAUGGCUAAGAACCGUUCUUAGGAUUUUCAAUAUCAUGUCAUGACGUUUUUUUUUUUUUUUUUUCUUUUUCACGUCUUCAUAUUGUUGCUUUUGUAUUAUUCGACUCGUGAGGUUAUAGGCAUAUGAUCAUGAUCGUCAAGAUACUGUGGUUUUUACA